UCGGAUCAGUCCGGUUUUAAAAACGCUCGUUAAAUGGUUAAUCAGAAUUUGACCUUUUUAAUAAGGGCAGAAAGGUAAAUCAGCCAAUUUUGGAAGAGAGCUUUGUGUGACGCCCAAAUAGAAAGUCAAACUCUGGUCCACUCCCUAAAACUACACUUGUUUGAAAGAGAGAGAGAUGGCAGCGGCGACGAUGAGGAAGAAGGCGGAGGAGCUGGUGGAGAAGGCGAUGAAGGGAAACGAUGCUUCUCACGAUGCCUCGCACGUGUGGAGGGUACGAGACCUCGCUAUGUCCCUUGCUCGCGAGGAAGGUCUCUCUUCCAACUCCGACUCCAUGGAAAUUGUGGAGCUUGCAGCUCUUCUCCAUGAUAUAGGUGAUUACAAGUACAUAAGAGACCCUUCGGAAGCUAAGCUUGUUGAGAAUUUCCUGGAUGAGGAGGGUGUGGAAGAGACCAAGAAGGUGAAAAUACUAAAGAUCAUCAAUGGAAUGGGCUUUAAAGACGAAUUAUCAGGGCAAACACUCUGCGAAUCUCUUCCAGAAUUUGGGGUGGUUCAAGAUGCUGAUCGCCUUGAUGCAAUUGGCGCCAUAGGAAUUGCUCGUUGCUUUACAUUUGGUGGAAGCAGGAACAGAGUGCUUCACGAUCCUGAGAUCAAGCCCCGGACAGAGUUAACCAAAGAGCAGUACAUGAAGAAAGAGGAGCAAACCACUAUUAACCACUUCCAUGAGAAACUCCUCAAGCUGAAGAAGCUGAUGAAAACCGAGGCGGGUAAAAGAAGGGCAGAGAAAAGGCACGAGUUCAUGGAAGAGUUUCUUAAGGAGUUCUAUCAAGAGUGGGAUGGGAGAGCUUGAUAAAGUUGAUAAUGGAUCAUAUGCAUGGAGAAGAAAAGAGGGUUGCUUAACCGUACCUAAAUGAGUAAGCUGUACCAGACCAAACCGACCUACAUGUGGUUUGGUGUUAAACAGAGUGAAAAAUGAACAGCUGUUAAAACUCAAAUAUUUACCUCGUGAUGAUAUUCUAAACUAGUUUAAGGUUUGUCAAUGCUAUUUAUGAAUA